AUGCCAGGUUACCAAAGCCAUGCUUUAAGUGGUAGAAUAGCCAUAACGUCAUCGAGACGAGGAAUAGCUGCAGGAUCCUGUCUAUUUGGUGGCUUUUUGUUUCGUAGAUCAUACGCUACUGUCCCAUCUGAUAAUUCAGAUGCCCAUUACGAUUCCAAGUGGCCCAAGAAAGAUAAUCCAACACCUUAUGAUUUGUUUGAUAAAGCCGAUGGCUCCGAGGUUGAUGCGAGAGCCCUUAAGAGGAAGUACCAUGAAUUUGCGAAAUUAUACCAUCCAGAUAUCUCACAAAACAUCAGAAUAAUAAGGUCACCUAUAAAUCAGAUAAAGUUUGAGAGUAAUUUACUUACUUUAGAUGAAAAAUUGCAACGGUUCAAGAUAACGACUCAAGCUUAUGAGAUUCUUAGCGAUCCUAGGAAAAAAAGGUCAUACGACACUAGUCGGAGCGGCUGGUCUUACGGACCACAGAACUAUGCCUCCACUAUGGCCACUCAGUAUCCGGGAUCGCAUGGUUACAGGUCCGAUAGUACUUAUGCUUACUGGAAUGCGGGGACUUGGGAGGACCAUAACAAUAUGAAGACAGAAAAGGAGCCAAUAGAUGUUUGGACUCUCUUUCUAUGGCUCUGUGGUCUGGUCGUCUGUGUGCAAGCUACUGCUUUACUUACUAGAAUCGAGGAUUCUCUCACAAGCAAAAGGUAUACGCACGACGAAACAGAACAUGAUCUCACACAAUCAUAUACGAACUACGGACUAGAUACAGACAAGGUUUCGAGAUUGAGAAGAUUUUUGUGGUUCAGAACUUACGGGCUUUACAGGACAAAUGCAGAUCUGGAUCGAGAGGCCAAGAAAAAUGAAGAAUUGGUUCAAAAUAUGAUAAACAAGAAGGAACAGAAGGGAAAGACGGCAUCUCGGAGUUAA